AUGCCAUCUUUCCAGGCUAUCGUCGAAGAUACCGCGCCAUUCCUGGUUUAUUCUGCUAAUUGGAGGGCUGGGACCUCCGCAGACGACUCCUCAGCGGACAAGUACACGCAGAGCAGCUUCACUGUGACCCAGGCCGCAAAUGCGACGAUGUCUUUCACAUUCUUUGGGACCUAUGUUGGGAUAUAUGGCGCCAAGCGUGGCAAUCACGGUCCCUAUCAAGUUCAGGUUGAUAACCAACAGUAUCCCAUCGGAAAUGGAGUUGCCACCCCGGAUGCCUUUAACCAAACGCUGUUUUCGACUAACCUACAAAAUGGAUUGCACACAGUCACAUUGACCAAUAACGCAAACACGUAUCUGGACGUGGACUAUGUUUCGUGGCAAACGAGUGUUGGAAACGAUGCUGAAACUCUUAUCGUGAACACUUACCAGGACUCACAUCCAGCUUUCUCCUACUCCCCCACGUCGUCUUGGGGAACUCCAGAUUUUGUAUCCUCGUUUUCAGGCAGCACCGGGCACAAGGGAAAUGACAGUGCCACAACAACGCCGGGCGCUUUCGCCGAAUUUACUUUCGCUGGUAUCGCUGGAGUUUUAUACCAACCAUGCGCAGGUGAUGCUGUGGGGUUAUAUGGUCCAGUUGGUCCGAGUGGUGCUGCUGCGUUCUCAGUCCAGGUUGAUGGCGGCACACCCAUGAAUUCCACAACGAAUAAGCAGUUUUACAGACCCCAACAACUGCUAUAUUACGGCAGCAAUCUGGGAAGCGGUAUACAUACGCUAAAGAUACAAUUUGGGUCGUCAAGCGGGUCUAACCAGGCACUCGCCAUUGACUAUGCGGAGGUGUACACUACCCCUUCUCUUGGUGGAAGCUUUGGAACAACUCUACCAGUUCGUGUAGCUUCGGCUUUCCCCAUUGGUGCUACCGUUGGGCUCGCCAUAACCAGCACACUUGCUUUUCUUGCGCUUGCUGCCGUCGUCUUCCUCUUUCUACAAAGACACAAAAACCACCUCUUCAGCUCCCUAAGGACAGAUCCUGAAACGCCGACCAUGAGUGGCCUCAGAGUUGAGCCGUUCUCCUUCCAGCCGACGCCCCAAAAUGUUUCCAUAGUCAAUCAAAAUCAUCAUCACCCCAAUCACAAUCACAACCCAUCCGAUUUAUCAUUCACUUCGUCGUCGGAUCCAACAACUACAACAGGUUACCCAUCUACUUUUUCUGCUACUAGGCUCUACGAUAAUUAUGUUACAUCAACCGCUGUACGAUUCUGCUUUGCUUCUGAGUUACCUUGUCCUUACUCCCCUUGUAUCUUAGGAAGCCCGCAGACCAGUCACCAAAGACCGUCUUGGGAUGGGAACCCCAUCAGCACCACUGGGAUCGCGAGUGAUGGCUUCAGAUACCUCUUAUACUAUACCACAGCCCUCGGGGUCGACCCCCAUCUUACCAGCUACCACGGACCCACUAAUGAUCUCAAUGCUAUGUUCAACAAGGCUUCACCAACCAGAAGAAGUCCCGUCUUCGAUCUAGUCGGAGCGGGUACGUCUGCUUUCGAUCAGGACAAUCAAUGGUUGUCUCUCGAAACGAUGCCUCGUCUGGCUAGUUGCAACUUGCAAGGCCAAGCGCGCUCAACAACACCCGCGUUCCGGGGUUCGGAGGUCCGGCGGUUGGCGCUGAGCUUCUACAUCAAAUUUGUCCAUCAAGCUGGCAUAUCAAGAACAGAGGUAUGGGAAUUUUUUUAUUGUGACAGCGAAGCUUUGGUAAAAAUUAAAGUUUUGCCUAGUGCCGAAGAGACAAACUAA